AAUAGGGGACUUGAUGUCUUUGAAUCUGAUCUGUUUAUUCCCUGCGCAAACAAAGCCACGCUAUAAUAAUUCUUUUUAAGAAGUUGAAGGUUUGUCAACAAAUUCAGCCUGGAAAGUUCAUAUCAGCAAACACAUGGUAACGCAAAACAACUCGCCAGAUGCAGAGCUAUCGCGAGAAAGAGAGCGAAAGCGCGAGAGAGAACGAUGCCUUGGUUGCCAUGGAAACGGUAGCUCAACACAAACGCUCGAAGCAGAGAAACUGGAGUGAAACCGUGAAGUAGAUACAAAGCGUGAAUUAUUGGAAUAUUCGUUUUAACUAAACGUUUUAAUAACAAUAACGCAUGCUUUAAUUGAAGAGUGAAUUCCAUCCCGAGCUGGUAAUCGAGUUAGAGUCAAGCAGGCCUCUGAGAGGAGACUCUUUGUAAAAAGCACAGUGAAAGGCGCGAGAGGAAUACCUGAAGACGAGACAUGAAUUUAAACGACUUUGUGGUGCUUCCUAACAACAAGGCCAAAUCCGUCAAGCUUAAUGCCAGGAACCUGCAAGAACUGCAGAUGAAGACGGUGACUCUGGCCCAGGAGAGCAAAGAGAUGGAAGAGAAACUGCAACAGCUUAAAGAAAGCAUGAGUAAAGAGAAGGAGGAGAGAGGACAUUCAGGAGGAUUUAGAUGGAAGUCUGGACAAUGUGGUUCCUUAAACAGCAGUUCUCUGACAAAUAGCACCAAGAAGAACAAGGAGAACACACUUCAAAAGCUGUCAGCAGGCAAGGUGAAGAUCCGACUGUUGAAGGAUGAACCACUGACAGUCCCACCUCAGCCGCCGCCUCUGCCCCCUACCAACGGUCAUCGGACAACAAGAAAGAACAGGCUGAAGGGAACAAUAUGUGGACAGUGUGAAGUCAGGAGUGCCGGACUAAUGUGUGCCGAAUGCACAGAGUCCUACUGCGUUGGCUGCUUUGCCAAAUUUCACCAGAAGGGGGCACUGAAGCUCCACAGAAUGAUCCCCAUUCAGACAGACAUACAGACUCAUGUGAGCACGCGGGAUGUUGUCAGCUGCUUCCAGAAACAGAUGAACCCUAGUUCCUAUCCCAGUACCUUUACAAUUCAAAAACCCAGUCCCAAUUCUGAACCCAAUCACAAUCAUCCCUUUUUGUGUAAUACCACCACAAGACAAGGAGAUCAAAAACCAGAAACUGGAACAGAGGCUAUAGCAAAACAUACACAAUUGCACUCUGAUCCCAGCCAGGUGUUGGUUGUGAAUCAUGGAGAAGAGAAAGAGGUGGAAAUGACUAAAGACGGGCAGAAAAAGGAGGACGAGAAGGGUUUUUCCACUUCUCUACUUGGAGGAGAGUACGAUGAGGAGGAUUCUGCAAGAUCUUUCCAGGAGGCUCUCAGACAGUGGAGAGGAGAGAGGAGCAAUGGAGAAGGAGAACCCAUGAUACAGGAGGCAAUGUGGAAACCUGUUCGACCAGUAUCGGUGUCAGCUAUGGCGACCCAAGCUGACCUCUCUCCAGACAGAGGACCUGAAGGACAAGAAAGAGUAGGUGGAGAAGGGAGGGUACCUGUCAGGGUGGAGUUCAUGGAAAACAGCCUUACCUACAUGGACAGAUUGCUUCUCAAGAAGCACCGCAGAACACCAAUCGAAAUUGAUCAUCCAUCCUUGGUCUUUGGUAGAGAUUUAAAAUCACUGUCGUCUAACACAAACACUGAGGAGGAGACUGCAAGUAGCUUAACAGCCCAGGAGGAAGAUUUUCAUCGCUACUGUGCAUCAUUGUUUGCUGUCCCUGUCAGCAGCAGCAGGACUGAGCCUCAGAUUACUACAACUGAAUCGUGCCUCAUCAUAGAAGUCCUGGAUGAGACAGACAGAGACACAAAUGGAGUCUUUGUUGCUGAACAGAGGACAGACAACAACAUAAAGGUCCCCUCUGUUCAGCAGGUCUCCAGCAAAGGAAGAGAGCUAGUGCCCCAAACACUCUUAACCGGUGGUGGGUUCUCAAGAGUCAGCCUCUCUCCUCCCAGUCGAACACAACCAUCCAGGCAGUCUAGAGCAUCAACACAAAGCAAAGCACCUCAGAAGCUUCAUCCAUCAAAGCCUCAGGCUUCACCAGCAGAACACUCAAUGAAAUUACCGUCCUCUAAAAGUAAACCAUCAGCAUACCCAACUGCUGGGACUCCAAGGAUUUCAAAGACAUCAAUCAAGACAUCAACAAAGUCACAAAAUCCCAGUUGCUCUCCCACAGUCUACAAAUCAAAACCUGACCAUGGAUCACCACAAAUUUUGUCCUCUCCCUCAUCACUACAUUCCCAAACUGAGAUCCUUAAAUCCUCCUACUCCUCUCUCUCAUUUCCUCCUGAUGUUUCUCCUUUGGCUAGUGCCAUAUCACCAACCCCAGAAGAGCAUCUCCGCCCCUCUCCAUUUACAUCCCUCUCUCUUAGGUCUACUUUCACAGUCUCACCAUCAAGUUCUACAGAGUUAAUCUUAUUGCCCAAAGUUUACAAAUCAACCCCAUUACAAAAAGGCUCACCCUCACCUCUGCUACCAGAACAGUCGCAAUCAUCCCAGUUAUUCUCAGAAACAAUCUCAUCACUGAAGCUUUCCCAAUCACCACCAAGCAAUCUGAAGUCCCCAAAGCAAUCCCAACAUUCCUUGUGUGACCCAGAGUCUCUUCUAUCAGAUAAUCAACUCCAGUCACCUCUGUCAGCUGUGUCUUCCACUCCACACCCACCACCAAAAUUGCUGGAACCAAGUCUACCACAAACAAACCCUGUGCCAUACAGAGCACCUGAAAAAACCCCAUCCACCUUAUCUCCACUUAAGCAGUCCCCUCUGGAUGUAUAUUCUAGCUAUAGGUCAAUCCCAACGUAUAAGGAAGCACCAUCUUUUAUGUCCCCUACUCCUCUGACUUGUGACCAUGAAUCAUCUCCGUCCUGUCAGUAUACACAGUGUCCAUCACAUCUAUUAAAUGCCAUCCACAGUCCUUCAGCUGACAAGAUGAAGGAGGAAGAGGAGCUAUCAAUAGACAGUGGAGAUGAACUGUCCAGUGAUAGCCUGGGUCUGGCUCCACAUGAGGAAGACUCUUCAGAUGACGAACCAAAGAUGCAUGGAUGUUUGGCAAGAGGGAGCUCCAGACAAGAAGACCAAGGGAAUUCUGCCAUAUCUCAUCUAGAAGAUCCCUUUGUUCCUGCAGAUGCAGAAAGAGAAAAUGAACUGCAGACUGAUGAACCAGAACAGCUGUCAGAACCAUCCAUGGUGAUGCACAGGCAUAGAGCUAGGUCUGGAUCAGAGCAGUCCUGUGAUCUGGAGGAGUUUUCGCCUCUGGGUUUGGACAUGAAUUGUGGUCACUCAGACACACCAAAACACACACACUGUGGCCCACGCCAAGCUUCAUCGCAUGAUGCAGACCAAACAGGGUCAUUGGGUUACAGGCCGAGCAGCAGCCUCAGUACCAACAUGGAAGAACACCUGCUUUUCAGAAUGAUGAAGGACAACCACACGCAGCAAACUGGAUUCCAGAUUCACUCAACCACACCCUCUGGGAGAGGAAAAUUUACAGCAAAUGAACUAGGAACAUCUGGGUCAUGGUCCAACCUUUCUGGCAAGUCCACACCAACUCCAAACACUAGUCCUCUUCCUGCCUCUGUCCCACCCUCCCUCUCUCAUUACUCCUCUCCUCCUUUCUCUGCCUGCCUGUCCCCUCCCAAGUUGGGCUCAGAGUUGGGUCCAGUGUUUCGUCCGUUGUCCCGGGCAGCUCAGGAGAUUAUGGAGAUCUGUGAUGUGGAUCAGGCAGGCUGUGAGGACCCUGACCUGGACAUUGAAACAACUGCACACACCCUCCAUGAUCUAGAACAGGAAUUCAGACUCAUGGCCAAAGAAACAGGGGCACAGACCUUAGUAGUUGCUAUGGGAAACGGAAGAAGUCAAGCUCAGCAUGGGAAUUGGCGUUCCACACGGGGCAGAGUCAGCGAAGAACAAAAGGAAGAGGACGAAGCUGCACACAGCGACCGACAGAGCGUCCUCUUGCUACAAUGAGACACGCACACGCACACACACUCACACUAAUAUUGCUGCUUGUUCACUAAUAUGCACACAUAUACACACAGAUACAUGUGUCAGAUCGACUAAAGCAAGCAAACACACAGUCAGAAGUAUGCAUACAAUGCAAUUAAAAUUGUGCUCAUGUGGUGUGAAGGCUGGUGCAGAUGAACUUUGAUCCCUACAACUGAAUCUGGGAGGGGGGCGGGGGACUCUUGUGUGCAAAUAUAAAUAUAAUGCUGUGAAAAAUAUUGCCAGAAAUUGAAUAAAUGCUUUUUUGAUUGGA